AUGGCGAAACGACAGCAACAGCAACAGUCGCGGCGGCAAAAAAAGACCACCGCGACUGUCGCGGUGGAAAAGAAUAAGAACCCGGUCGUGAAAAGGAUUCCGGUGUACUUUACGCCUCGUCUUCUUUCCGAGAACGACGAUUUUGUUGGCGACGAAGAUGAGGAUGAUGAUGAUGACAAGAGAGAGAACAAUAAAAAGCGAAGAAAAACGAUCGACCAAGCGAUCGUGUCGUACCCGCUGAGACCUCCAAACCGACCGUACGCGACGGCGAGGUGCAAAAGAAUCUCGCAUAAACCAGUCGCGGGAUGGUUGGAGAUGAAAGUGCCGACCGCGGACGACGGCGUCGUCGUCGCGAAGAAGAAGGGCGGCGGGAACCGCGGUCGAACGCAGAGGAAAGGAAGAGGAGGAGAAGAGGAGGAAGAGGAGGAGGAAGAAGAGACGGUCGUCUUGCGCUCGGAACAACGAACGUCGUGGGAGAAACACGAGGGUCAGAAAUCGAUUUUGGUGGCCAGGAUGAACGAGAAAGGAGAGUUGUUUUUGACGCCGGCGAACGUGACGCACCAGAUGCGUCCCUCGUUUACGCACAUCGUCGGGGAGAGAGCGCUUCAAAAGCAACACCAACAAAAAGUCAAACAAGAAAAGGAAAACCACGAGGAGGCGACGGAGACGGUGCAAGAGGAAGAGAGAAGAAUCGCGAAAGAGGAGCAAGACGCGUUGGAAAAUGAAAGACAGAGGGCGAUGACGGCGGCUACUACUGCUACUAAAAUUGUUCCAGUGAGCGUUUCCAUCAAAGCGAACGAAACAGAAAGGCAACAAGAACGGAGAAAAAAUUCCUACCAGUUUCAAAACUCCGAGCGUGAAAAAGAGACGUGGAGUGAAUUAGAACCGACGUAUAAGUCCAGCGAGUAUACGAAAAUAGUCGUCGAGGACUUAUUCUCGAAGAAUACGUCGGAUUGGUGCGGCGAUAGAAUGGUCGGCGCGAAAGAGUAUUUAGACAGCAUCUGCCCGCAGCGAGGUAACGCUCGAAGAGACUUACCAGAUUCAGAGAACGACGAGGAAGAAGACAGCGACAGCGACGAAGACGACGCAGAGGAAAACGACGUCGACGAUAGAAUGGACGUCGACGAGAUAGAUAACAACAACGAAAACGAAGAGGAACGCUUAAUGAAUGACAAAUCAGGCGAUUUCGACGACAUUUUCGUGAACGAAGAGUUCCAAAUACGAGACGUGUUGAAACUCAAAACGGUCGACGAACGCUUGGAUGAACUCUUCGCGCGAUCUGGAACUUCCUUCAUGAAGUUUUCCGGCAUCAAAAAGCUCGCGCCUAGAAAUACGAAAGAGAAGGAGUUACUCUCCGCCGUGGCCGCGAAAGCGUCGUUAGUAAACGGCGUGUGGGUUGUCAACUCCGCGUUGCGCUCAUUCGGCGACCGGAACUACGAACGCGUCCGAGAUUCAGUCCUUUGUAGCUUCUCCCGAGGGAAGAAAAUUCCAGUGAACGACGGUCACUACGCGACUAAGGAAGAACAAAGUUUGCGACAGAAAGCGUUGAGCGAACUCGGCGCAGAAGUUCGCGGACCGGCAAACCAAGGAACAUUGUUUGAGUUCUACCCUAGCCGCGAUGAUCUCUUCUCGCGAAAACACGAUGGCGUCGUCACGCAACAGAAGGACAGAUGGGAACGCAUCUUGGGAUUUUUCGAGAGAGGGAAAGACUUCUCGCCUUUUGAAUAUCUCGAGAAAGGUCCGGAAGUACCCGACGUGGACGAGAACGCGAGGAAAGCAGCGAGGCGAGCGUGCGAAACGAUACUAAAACCAUGCUUUGGUUCUACUUCUGCCGCCUCGAAGAAACUUGAAUUGUUACCGUCUGUAUCAGACAUCCGAGACGUUUUGAAGCGUUGCAAAUCCCGAUACCACGCGCUUCGCGAGCCCGAGUUGUUGCGUCUCAUCUCCUCGGAACCUUUGAUUGUUAUCGGAGGACACGUUAUUGGCUUUCAUCGCGUGAUGAAUAUUAACAACGCCACGUCCAAGGAAGAAACGCGAACGAAACGCGCGAUCGUUCGUGAACUGAUGCUUUCUACGAGCGGUAAUAUUAAGAAAGAUUCGGUUUUGAAAGCCUGCGAGAAAAUUAUCAACGUCGACGCGGCGAAAGUUUUACAGGAAAUGUGCACGUCCAGCGGUGGAGUCUGGUCAAUCGAUUUGACGAAAUAA